AUGGAUCGUACACACCCGCACCAAGUUCAGGUCCACUCCCAGUUCCCAGGCCGCUACGAAGGCGGAUUCAAGGGCGGCAGACCUGAUUACCAGCGAACCGGUCCGUCCGCUUCGACCAUACUGGCUGUCAUGACCGGGCUUCCAAUCGGUGGAACCCUCCUCGCCCUGGCCGGGCUAACCCUCGUCGGAACGCUCAUUGGACUGGCGGUGGCGACCCCUGUGUUCCUAAUCUGUAGCCCUGUCAUCGUCCCUGCUGCUCUGACCAUCGCGUUUGCGGUCACCGCUUUCUUGUCGUCCGGGCUGGUCGGGCUGACCGGUCUGACCUCGCUGUCGUGGUUUGCUCGGUACCUCCGGAUGGCGACGGAGGAGGUGCCUGGGCAGCUCGAGGAGGCGAGGAAGAGGGUGCAUGAUGCGGCAGGGUAUGUUGGGCAGAAGACCAAGGAAGUCGGGCAGGAGAUCCAGAGGAAAGCUCAGGAAACAAAACCAUGA